GACAUUAAAGACCCAUUAAUAUCCACAGUCUCGAGCAGUUUUAGAGCCUUGAUAAUCUUGUCCUCACUUUUGGUCAAGUAUUGAUCCUCUUAAGUUCGCCAUCAUCAGUUCUUGAAAUUAUUUAUAUGAAGAUCAAAUAUCGAUCUUCUUCAAGCUUCUUCCUCCCUUGAUUUUCUUAUGAUGCUGCUUAAGACUCUAGCCAAUCCAUUGAUAUCAAGAAGCCCAACAAGCAGAGUUUGUGCAAACAUUUUUUCAGUAUUUUGGACAAAAUGACUGCUGGGAGUAAAGGAAAGAAUAAAAAGAAAGCAAUAGAAGAGAGCAAGGCUCUUUCAAUCCAAGAAAAGAGAGAGAUUGCAGAUAGAGAGGAGGCAGCUCUGGAAAAGGAAGUCAUUGAGCUUUCACAAUGGGCUGAUAUGAUUGAUGCAAUGGAUGAUCAACAAUUGAGGGAGUACUUGAAAAAUAGGCCUGACAACUUGAAGACUGAAAAAAUAAAAAAGUCAAUGCCAAGAAAAAAGGUCCAAAGAGGUGGAAAGUCUGGAAGCUCUAAUACGAUUAUGGCUUCGGUAUGGAAGUUCCAUAAAGAAGAUGAUGAAGGAACAUCGAUCUACUAAGUUGAAUGUCUAAGGUUAAGAAACAUCUACUAAAUUCAUGUAUAAAAUUAGGUUUGGUCUUUGUAAGAGAAUAAGUGGUUAUACUCUAAGAAUAGCUCAAUAACUUGAGUACUAGACAUUCUUGAAGUUUUCUAGUUCUAAUCUUAAGUAGGUGAAGAGUGAGAUAUAAGAUGGGAAUGAGCUAAUUCUUAUUGUAUUAUGGUAUAGUUCAAGUUUAAUAACCUCCAAUAAAUAGAGAGAGAGAGAGAGAGAGAGAGAGAGAGAGAGAGAGAGAGAGAGAGAGAGAGAGAGAGAGAGAGAGAGAAUAAGUGGCUUUUGGAGUUUGCAUUUAGCAUGUAGUCGACCACAAUCUUUUUUCUUAUUGCUACAGUUAUUAAUAAAAUCCAAAGCGCCUUUCAAACA